AUGACUAAAGAACAACAACCAGCUGUAUUUUAUGUUAAUGCUGCACUUUUUGAUUGUGAUGGUACAUUAGUUAAUUCAACAGGUGCUAUAUCAGAAUUUUGGAGAGAAUUUGGAAAAACAAGACCUCACGUUGAUCCAGAAGAAAUUAUAAAAACUUCUCAUGGUUGUCGUACAUUUGAUGUUAUCAAAAAAUGGUCACCAGAAGAUGCUAUUCCAGAACAAGUUACACAAUGGGAAGGUGAUAUACCCGAUUCAUUUGGUCAUCAUGCAAAAGCUAUUCCAGGUGCUGUUGAAUUAGUUAAAUCAUUUGAUAAAUAUUCUAAAAAUGAAACUCAUGAUGGUGAACAAAAAUGGGCUAUAGUUACAAGUGGUACUUUACCAUUAGCUACUAAAUGGUUAAGAUUAUUAACAAUUGAAAAACCAGAUUGUUUUAUAACUGCUGAAAAAGUUACAAAAGGUAAACCACAUCCUCAAGGUUAUCAAACAGCAAGAGAAACUUUAGGUUUUGGUGCAAAUCAUGCUAAAGUUGUUGUAUUUGAAGAUGCUCCAGCUGGUAUUACUGCUGGUAAAGAAGCAGGUGCAAUGAUCGUUGGUAUAUGUUCAACUUAUGAUCCAGAAAAAGUUAAAAACGCAGGUGCUGAUAUAGUUGUUAAAGAUUUAACAAGUUUCCAUAUUGAAUCAUUCGAUAAAGAAACUCAAGAAUUUAAAGUUGUUGUUGAUGAUUACUUUUAUGCUGAUCCACAAUACUUAGAAUCAACUGCUUAA